CUGAUGAGUAAAUCAAAUCUUAAAAAAAAUUACCAAGGCUUCCCCGGGCUAUAAAACCGGAGCCGACAGAGAGGCUGGAAAUAGGAGCAGCCCAGGGUCUUUGUGCCCGUGUCAGGCCUGGCAACUUCUUCCAGGCUCACCCCUUUCCUCCUGCCCCGUCCAGUGCCCCGACUCACUCGUGCCCUGGCCUCGGGGCCCCACAAGCUGGUCCUCCUCACAAAGCCCGUCCCUGUUGUACAGAUGGGAACCAGGCUCAGUGAAGACAGCACUCCAGGCCCUGCGGGCAGGGAGGGCAGAGUUGGGGUUCACUGGGGUCGCUACGGCUCUCCCCGCAGACCCAGAUUUCACGAGAGGUGUUCUGUGACUCUGGAAAGGGAGCAUUUGGGAACUGCCGUUGGAGCCAUCCCAAGCCACUGACCGUGGGGGAAGGGGCUCCCUGGGUAGGGGUGGUCCAGCAGCUGGGGCUGCCCGGAAGGAGGGCACUGUGAGUUCAGGGCCAGGUUGCCGGCCCUCGGCCUCCUGCUGGUCGACUCUGCCCAGACUGUGGCUGGUCCACCCCCUGCGGGGCUUCUGGGUGGACAGUGAGCCCACAGCAGUUCGGCGUCAGCUUGAUGGAGAAGGUGGGCCCCACACCCCUCCCUGCCUUGAAGUUCCCAUGGAGAGGGUGACUCUGUCCCACUCCCAGGGUCUGGGCUUCCUUUUCAGAGGCCGAGGGGACCCGGCUGUGGAGUGCGAGGACCAGACACUCCCGCAAUGACCAGUUCCCCUGUCUCCAGAGUUGUCUACAACGGCAAGAGGAACAGUAGCCCCCGCUCUCCCCCCAGCAGCAGUGAGAUCUUCACCCCAGCCCACGAGGAGAAUGUGCGUUUCAUUUAUGAAGCCUGGCAGGGCGUGGAGCGAGAUCUGCGGAGCCAGAUGUCAGGCAGCGAGCGGGGCCUGGUGGAGGAGUACGUGGAGAAGGUCCCUAACCCCAGUCUGAAGACCUUCAAGCCCAUCGACCUGAGCGACCUGAAGCGCCGGAACACGCCGGAUGCCAAGAAGUCCUGAAGCGUGCCGUGUCCCUCCCCUGGCCUCCAGGAGACCGGGGCGCCGCCUGAUGCUGGGAGGGGGAGGGGCUGUAAACCCCAGGAUCAGGAGGGGCACGAUCGCUGGCCAUGGCCUGCUUUCCUCCCCGAGUCCCCUCCUUUCUUCUCGGGGUCCCCAGCUGCCCCUGUCGCUGGGGGGAGGCCCUGCCGGCCCCUGCUCUCCCCGGAGCUGCGUCUUUGGAGCUGCCUGCUCUGCCCGCCCCCAGUCCAGGGCCUUGACUCCGACUUCUCUUCCCAUCACCUCCUGUUGCCCUACCGCCUGAGCCCAUACCCCCUGGCCGCUUCCAAGGUCAUGAGGGGGACAAGGGGGCCUCUGCUCUUUCCCAGGCUGGUGGGACUGGGCUUGUCCCUGAGGGGGUCAGGAGGCAGACGGGGAUGCCCUCUCCCAUAGCAGUUGUGCACCCCCCCCCACCAAGCCCUGCUGCUUUUCUGGGCUGGACACCUCGGGGAGCAUCUGAUCCUUCACCCCGUUGUCCAGCCUGGCCCCUUCCUUUCCUGCAUCAGCUUCAGGAUGGCACUGAGCACCCCCUCAGAGAGGGUCCUGGGCGACCGGGCCUAGCCCCUUGCAGUCUGCGGCCCUGAGGCCACAGGUGUCCCCGCGGGUAGGGGUGUGAUGACCCUGGCCCUGUACCAUGUGCUGGGAUGGUCCCCAGGGCCCCCUUUUCUUUCUGUGCCCUUCAAAAGCCGAGUGUCUGUGCCCGGAGCCCGAGGACCAGUGAAUAAAGGCGGGUGGUGCUGGAGCGGCCCCUUAGUCUGUCAGGCCCCUGUCCCGGCAGCCCACAGAGGGCUGGAGACCCAAGGUCAGGCCCCACCCUGAACUCCAGAAAUCCCAUCAGCUCCCUGGGUUCCUCUAGGGGGUCUCAGGCCUCCUGCAGGGGGCAGUGGGUGCUGGGGGAGGAGAGAGGCUGAGGGGGCUCUCCUGUGCUCUUCAGGGACCAUUGCCUUGGGGGUGGGGACCCUGGACGCAGGAGGCUCCCUCUGCAGCCCUGGACCCUGGGGGAGUGGUUCCUCCACUGUUCCGAUGAAGGGGUGGCCGCUGGGCCCUGAGAGAGACCCAAGUCACUUGACCUUCAAACCUGGAAAGCCCUGGUAGGCCAGGCCUGAUACGCGGAACUGGAGUUUAUUUCGGGAACAUGCUUUCCUGGAAGAGUACUCUGGGGCCUACAGGUGACUCCAAGAGGCGUCUUCUUGGGGGGGGGCUCCCAGGGACAGGGCACAGGAAGGACAGGUCACGUAAUAAACAGCCGCCUUGGCUCACUGCCAGUGGGAGCUGGCAGGUGCCAGGCCCUGCACCAGGUCUCUAA